AUGCCUGUUUUCUCUCCUCCCAAAAAACGGUCACGAAGGGAUAGUGAAGAAGAUUCUUCCAGAUUCGAUGGAAGUGGAGAUUACGAGGACGAGCACGACGAUUAUGAUGACGGUGAAGAGCUAGUACAUAGCAAAGAAGAUCUUAUUUCACCUCAUGAAAUGAACUUCCGUAAGUUUGUCGAAGAACGUGGUAAGCUGUCAGUAUCAUGGUCGCGGAUGAGAGGAUUAUUUGAUGAUUGGAUGAGACAGCAAACUUCUAAUGUAGUAGACUCGGAUAUCCUAUUGAAAUCGUUCAAGCGGUACCUUUCGUCGUCUCUCAAACCAACUAACAUGUCACUCGACAGCUGUUUCAGAAAUGUUCGAGAGUAUCUUGAUCGCCCGGACAGCGUUCUAUUGCACAAAGAUUUUCCCACGAAGCCUCCAUCGCUCCUUCAGUACUACUGUAAAAAAUUUGGACAUACUGCAGGAUUUGGAAAAUAUAAGGAGUUAGCAGAUCGAAUGAGGGAUGAUCACGCGGGGAGGACAGAGUGUGAGCAAGAGCUGUUGGAGCUUGAGAUGUUCCCAGUGCCACGAACGCCUAAGGCGAAGGUCAACAAAGCGAACGGAAUCCCAAAAGAAGAAAAAACUGCUUUUGAUUUGUUCUGCUCGACCAAACAGGACAAGUAUACCGAUCUACCUCCCGAGAAAAGAUUGAAGAAGUUGAAGAAAAAGUUUGAUAAGCUGCCCGACGACAAAAGAGAAAUAUUUGAAAAGCUUGCAUUAGUUCGAUAA